AUGGCGGAUGUCGCUUCGCCGGUCAUUGACGAGAAGCCCUGCUUCGGCGCCAACCCCCAAAUUUUCAAAUUGGGACUCGGAAAACAGCACAUUCUCGCUCAUGACAUCGGUCAGGGUUCGCAAUGUCGAAAUUCGGCAACAUGUCGUUGCGAGGGCCUCGACCUCCAUUUUUGGCGGAAGAUGUGCAAAAAUUGCGGAUGCCGGAUGGAUGAGCACGACGUCGUGCUACCCAAUGAGUACGACCACGCACAAAUUGUCAUCGGGAGGCUGUUCGGAGCACGCGAGCACUUUGAGAAGGUCUUACCGCGACCCGGAAUGAUUCGACCGCCUGGAAAUGACAAUUCGGAAAAUAAUAGCACUUCGAGGUCAAAUCAGCCAACAGCUGUCUACAAUUUCAAAAUGGGAGGAAAAGACGACAAGCAAGAUAACAAAGAGAAUAUUCAGUACUCAUGGGCGCCGUGUCCUGAUAAGAAUCUAGUCAGUCGCUACAUGCAAAGUCUUCCGGAAGACGAGCGGCCCAUCGUUGGAUCAAAAGGCGAGCAAGUUAGAAAAUCAAGGCUGCAGUUUCAGCUUCCGCUGUACGAUUGCAAUGUGGAAGAUGCACGAUUUGUGGAAGAAAAAGAUGUGAAAACUCUUCAAAACUUUGUUGAAAACGUUCGCAACAAUGUAAUUGGCGUCGGAAGAGUCGUCGAAAUCGGCUCAAAUGUGAAUGAAGAAGCCGAGGACUUCGAAACAACGAUGACGAGAGCUUUGAAGGGGCUCAAUAUCGAUGAAACCGAAUGCAAAGAUUGUGCGAAAACAUUGAAAUCAGGCGACAUCGGAGUGGAAUGUUGCCAUCAGUCCCGUUUGGACACCUAUCAUCCAAACUGUUUCCGCUGUGAAACCUGCCGACAACUGCUCGUCGAUAAUAUAUAUUUCUUCUAUAAAAACAAGUAUUAUUGUGGACGACAUUAUGCCGAUCAGUUGUAUCCGAGGUGUGCCGGCUGCGAUGAGUUGAUAUUCGCCAACGAAUACACGUUUGCAGAGGAGAAGUCGUGGCAUUUCGAUCACUUCGCAUGUUACAAGUGUGAUUUCAAACUAGGAGGAUCUCGAUAUAUGACGAGAGAUGAUAAUCCAUAUUGUCUCGACUGCUACUUGAAACAUUUCGCCAAGACAUGCGGAACAUGCCAAUGCAAAAUUGGUCCCGACGAGAAGCGUUUGAACUACAACGAAAAUUACUGGCACGCCGAAGAGAAAUGCUUUCAAUGCGUUCAAUGCAAUGCCAAUCUAAUUGGUAAAAAAUUUAUGCUCAAGUCGAAUAAGCUGUUGUGCUCUUCACAAUGCAAAGCAAACUACAAUAACGAGCAUCCGAAUGAGCCGCUCUAA